AUGCAAUAUUCAAUUCUUGGUGUUCAUCUGAUUUUAAUUGAAAUUAUAAAAGCCUAUGAUGAAGAAUAUGAUAUUGAAAUUAAAUCUAUAACCCCUAUCCUUAUUGAAUUUGCAGAUACAACUCAUAAGAUAGUAGUGAAUUUUAUAAGCUAAUAUUUAUAAUCCUGUUUUAGGCGUUAAAGUAAAAUAUGACAAGAUCAUUAACAUCUAAAGUAGCAUUCUGUUAUCAAACGAAGCAAAAUUGGAAUGUAAAUCUCUCUAAAGAUGUCAGAAGAGUAAUAAUAAAUUAUGAAAAAAACCUCCAUUGUGAGAAGGAGUUUAUUCUAUGUAAUCAUUAUUUUAAGUAGAAUUUCUUUUUAUGUUGAAAUUAAAAAAAAAUGGAAUAAACUUGAAAUGUUUUCAUAAUUAUAUGAUAUGAAAUUUCAUAAUAUUGAAUAUCUAGAAAGUUUUGAAUAUUCAUUUUGA